AUGGGUUUAACCUUGGUGCCUAAUGACAGCGAAAUGCCCUCAAAAGCACGCAGCGUCAUGAUGCCCGCUAACGCACGAGGACCAUCCGCUCCACUCAUAACACGCACUGGUUUCCCCAAGGCGAUAUGUAUGCUCGCCGAGUCACUCAUCGCCGACAUCCCAACGACAGAGCACUAUGUGUUUCUCUACAACGAAGUUGAUGCUCCCCAGAGGGAAAACCUCCCUUUGAGUAAACGCCCUAGCUGGUCGGAUGGAUCGCAGAACAUCUUUGCCCCUAGCAACAUCGCGGAUGGAAACCAUCACCAUGCGGUCAUUGGCAUGGGCACGUCUAGAUCCGAGGCCACAGAUACACCUGUGCAGAUUCGUAUUGGUCCUGGUGGGGAGGCUAACGAAUGGCACGAUGAUGGAACUCUCGAAGAGUAUCUCGAUCCUUACAUCGAUGAACUCAGGGAGCUUAGAGUUCCGUUCGGAAGUGCAGUUCGUAUCAGGCUCAGAUUCCAGCUCGACGACAGCGAAGAACACAAAGCCUCCAGCUUCAUGUCCGACGAGGUGGAAAAUGUGGUGGCUAGUGGAUGUAUACCGCCCAAAGACUGGCACGACUCUGUUCGUCUCGAAGUUAGUCAGGGCGAUCGUUCUUACACCAUCUCUCUCAACAUACGCUUCGUCGAGCAUCAGAACCCAGACCCCAGAGUCAAGGGCAUGACUCGGGUUGAGAUGUUCAACAUCAGCGACAUCAGUCUGCAGGAACAAGGCCCCCGCAUGAUCAACGGUAAACGAGUCUUCAUCUACAACUAUCUCGUCAAGCUGAAGCACUCUCGCGGUCAAGCAGUGGUGGAGUACGAGAUGAUUGAUGGCCUGCCGAUUAGAAUCCCGAGAGAUCUGUGA